AUGGGAUUCUUCACCGGCUUUGCUCCAACUAGUAAGUCUGCAAUAUUUUCCAGGCAAGUUUUUACAUCAACUACAUCAGAAUUCUCUCCACAACCUGUUGAAUUGCUGCAGCAAUCAAAAACAGAAAGUGGGAAUUUCAAUGGAAGUUUGUUGGAUCAAACUUCAAUCUCCCACGAUACAGAAAAAAACGCUAGAAUCAUGGAAGAAGAAGAGGAGGAAGAAGCUGAGGUAAUUCCAAGAAGACUUGUGAUUAUUGUCACUCCAACGAGCAAGAAAGAUCCCCUUCGUGUGGUGCUCCUAAGGAGGCUAGCAAACACAUUGAAGUUGGUUCCUCCACCAUUGUUGUGGGUGGUUGUGGAGCAGCAAUCUGAUUCUUCCCAAGUAUCAGAAAUUCUCAGGAAAACAGGUAUUAUGUACAGGCAUUUGGUGUUCAAAGAAAAUUUCACUGACAUUCAAAUUGAAAUGGAUCAUCAAAGGAAUGUGGCGCUAAAUCACAUUGAACAUCAUAGGCUGAGUGGAAUUGCUCAUUUUGCCGGACUAAACAAUGUGUAUGACCUCGGCUUCUUCGAUGAGAUUAGAGCAACAGAGGUGUUUGGAACAUGGCCGAUGGCAUUUCUAUCUGCAAACAGGCAGAGGGUAAAAAUCGAAGGGCCCGUAUGCGAUUCUUCAGAAGUUAUAGGGUGGCACUUGAACAAAAUGAACAAUCAAACAGAUGCAAGAUCUCCUGUUCAUAUUUCAAGUUUUGCAUUCAAUAGUUCCAUUCUCUGGGACCCAGAAAGAUGGGGUCGUCCUUCUUCUAUCCAAGACACCUCACGCUCACAGAAUUCACUCAAAUUUGUCAAAAAAGAGGUUCUUGACGAGGAGACCAAAUUGAAGGGAAUCCCAGCAGAGGGUUGCUCCAAAAUUAUGCUUUGGAAUCUCAAAACUCCGAUUGGAACUACAACAACUAAUCAUCUUCCAGGAGGAACACGAAAGAAGCUCUCAGAGAUCCGGGAAACCUCAUUUACAGGUAUUUUCCAAGGCAAUUUGAGGAAUGAUACAAAGAUGGGGAGGAAAGGAAGCUGCUUUUCUUCACUAAAGAAAGCUCUCAGCCCAGGGUCCAAGGAAAAGAAAGACAAAGAAGGAAAUAAAUUGAAGAAUUUGUUUGGGAAGGAAAAAGCCUCAGUUCCUGAUUCCUCGACUUUAGAAACUGUGUCAGUAUUUUAUCCUCUUCCUCAACCGGAAGAGGUAAAACUGACUGAAGCUGAGAACGAGCAGACUAAACAUGCUUACUCUGUUGCUGUAGCCACUGCUGCAGCUGCCGAGGCUGCGGUCGCAGCUGCUCAGGCGGCUGCAGAGGUUGUUAGACUCACUGCAGUGGCCCAGUUUACGGGAAAAUCAGAGGAUGAAGUGGCGGCUAUCAAGAUUCAAACGGCAUUCCGAGGAUACCUGGCAAGGAGGGCAUUGCGCGCAUUAAGAGGGCUUGUCAGAUUAAAAUCACUGAUAGAAGGGCCGACAGUCAAACGCCAAACUACAAAUGCUCUACAAUGCAUGCAAACUCUAUCCCGCAUACAGUCUCAGAUCACCUCUAGGAGGAUUAGGAUGUUAGAGGAAAACCGGGCGCUCCAAAGACAUCUGCUGCAGAAACGUGUAAAAGAACUUGAUACCUUGAAGAUUGGGGAGGAAUGGGAUGACAGUCUACAAUCAAAGGAACGAAUUGAAGCAAACCUCUUGACCAAGUAUGAAGCAGCUAUGAGGCGAGAAAGAGCACUGGCUUAUUCAUUCUCUCAUCAGCAUGCCUGGAAGAAGUCUUCAAGAUCUGCAAACAUAUUGUUCAUGGACCCCACUAACCCUAAUUGGGGUUGGAGCUGGUUAGAACGUUGGAUGGCCACCCGGCCAUGGGAGACACCUAGCAUGACGGAGAAAGAACUUAACAAUGAUCAGUCAUCUGUUAAGAGUGCUCGUCUCAGCAUUGCAGGAGGAGAAAUCACCAGGGCUUAUGCUCGUCAUCAACUCAAUUCUGAUAAGCCUUCCCCUGUGGCCAGCCAAAAACGAAGUUUUUCUUCCAAUCAUCGGUCCCCUUCAACUCCCCCAUCCAAGGCAGCUCCAUCGAUAGCAGCCAGAAAAUUGAAGCCGCCAAGCCCAAGAGCAAGUGAGUUGAGCCAAGAUGAUGACUCAAAGAGCAUGUUCAGUGUCCAAUCAGAACGAAAUAGGAGGCAUAGCAUUGCUGGGUCAUCAGUGAGAGAUGAUGAGAGCUUGGCAAGCUCUCCGUCAGUUCCAAGUUACAUGGCACCCACUCACUCAGCAAAGGCUAAAUUGCGGUUGCAAAGUCCAUUUGGUGUGGAGAAUGGAACACCAGAAAAAGGAUCGGCAGGGUCUGCAAAGAAGCGGCUUUCUUUCCCUCCUUCACCAGCCAGGCCAAGGCGGCAUUCAGGCCCACCAAAGGUAGACACCAGCUCCAUUGUAGAUAGCAAAGAGAAGAAUGGAGGGGUCAUUUAAUUAUUGUUUGCCAAAAACUCCAUUUGCAGUAAUAAGCUAUCCGGUUAUAGCAAGCUUAGUGUAGAUUUUAGACCAAAAAAAAAGAUUUUCAUUUGAUUAUGAGAAGUUGAAGAAAUCUCUUCAAAAAUCUUACUUUAUUCAUUGCUUUGAGGCUUUGGUUUAUGGGUGGAGUCUAUCAGUCUCUUGGGUCAGCAUUGCUGUGGGAUUCCUUCUGGUUUCUCUCUCAUUGUUGUCAAAAUUGUGAUGAUUGUGAAUCAUGUUUUAUAAAGCAUUGUGAGCCUAGGUAUCAUUACUUUGAUUCCAGUGGGAUUUGUUUGAUGUAAGACUAUCGCAACAGAUGAGUAAAUUUUCUUUACUUGGUACAACAUGUUCCUGCUAAUGAUGAUAAAAGUUUUG